AUGCCUGUUGUUUCGCGCUUCCUAUCGAUUCCACUCCGUAUUGCGGAGAUUGCCUUCGCUGCGGUCGUCGCAGGUAUCAUCGGACACUACCUUGCUUCGCUCGACGGAAGCGAUGUCUGGCCGCAAGCGCGUUGGAUCUACACCGAAGUUAUCGCUGGCAUAUCUAUACUCCUUGGUUUAGUUUGGCUCAUCCCGUUCUCUUCGGGUUUCUUCUCGUGGCCAUUCGAUGUCCUGAUCUCCUUUGCCUGGUUCGCUGCUUUCGGUAUUCUGGUUGACGCUAUCCACCAUCUCCCUUGCGGCAGCAUCUGGUACUGGCAUUUUGGGGGUGAUUCAGUUUGUGCGCGCUGGAAGGCUGCUGAGGCGUUCAGCUUCCUCUCUGCUAUUGUCUGGCUUGUGUCUGCUCUGGUAGGUCUCUGGUUUACCUUCCGUGUUCGCGACUCUGGCGCAACUGAGAGCGAGGAGCGCACUGCUCAAUCAAGCCUCGCAUCAGUCGCGAGCGAGAUGGCUCGCUUCUUCCUCAAGAUCUGUGCCUCUACUGUUGCUUUGAAACUCAUCUGGUGA